AAGAGAGAUGUGAGUGGAUGAGCUCGUGCCAGUUCGCAGUCACACCUGGGGUUUGUGGAGCUGGGCUCGUCUGGUUUCAGAGCUGGUGUUAGUGGAGAUAAAUCGAGGUAAAAGCGAGUGAGUGUCUGGUGUUAUUUUCCUUCAGAGAAAUCAACAGGGUGGGAGCUGCUGUCUCUCUGGCGGUGUUUUCUUUCUCCUGCAGCGGCUCUGAAGCAGCUGAGGAGAAAGAAACGGACGGACUUACUUCUCCUCUCCUUACCAAGGAUUUCAGAGGCCAAACUCUGAUAUGUGGGCCAACAGUGCUGACACCAGCGACAUGGAGUUGUGAAUAUACCGUGGUUCAGUGUGCUGUGUGCUCUCAGAAACCUCCAGAGGAAACAAGGCCUCUGCUAUUGGACCCGCUGAAACAUGAGGAAAACAAGCGUUUGGACCAAAAUGACUGAGGCGCAGUCAUGGCUUGUUUGUGUGGAGCUAACUGUGGACACACUGUGGACACACUGUGACUGAGGUAACACGAGACACAGAGGGAAUACAUAAACUACGUUUCACUGAGGAAUAACGGGCAUUUUAAGCAAAUGUAACAUGCCUCAAGAAAAUGUUCCCAUCCUACGACUCUGGCCAGAUUUUAUGGAAUGUAAACAAAUGACUUCCGAAAACCACGGAUGGAUGAUGAGGUACAGCUGCGUUUGAAGCCAUGAAAUCAGCACGGACUGACUGUAAUCUGAAUGGAUGUGUAUGAGACAAGGGAUGACUUUUGUAGGGCUGUUUUCGUGCUCCUUUGAUGGAUUCACCUGUUAGCACAGCCCUGCGGGGCAGCAGUGGUGGCAACUACACAGCUGACACCUCAGGUCCAAGCUUCACCAACCAGCUGGGAACCACCUCACCUGUUGUGCCAAGGGUUGUUUCCAUAGUGACCAGUCUGGUGACUGCCACCACAGAGGCCACAGUGGGAAACACAGGAAACCUAUCGACAUUCAGAGACCAAAGAGGGAGUGAGCUCAAUCAGAUCCAUCAGGCGUCAACCCCAUCGGUGCUGAGCGCCACUGAGAGUAAUUCUGUCCUGCAGGGCAUUACGGUGGCAACUCAGGCCCUGGUACUCCUCUCCAUCUUCCUCCUCUCCAGCCUUGGUAACUCGGCAGUCGUCAUCGUCAUCAUCAAACACAGACAGCUUCGAACGGUGACCAAUGCUUUCAUCAUGUCGCUGUCGUUGUCUGACUUCCUCACGGCUGUUCUAUGCCUGCCGUUCUCUUUCGUCAUGCUCUUCAGUAAGGACGGUAUCUGGAUGUUUGGGGAUCGUUUCUGUGUAGCCAAUGGCUUUUUCAACACCUGCUUUGGGAUCAUCUCCACCCUGACUAUGACCUUAAUCUCUUUUGACAGGUACUACGCCAUAGUCAGACAGCCACAGGCUAAAAUAGGACGCCAGAAGGCGACUCAGCUGUUGAUAGCUGUGUGGUUGACUGCAGUCAUUUUCUCUCUGCCUUGGUACCUGUUAGUUCGAACACCUACAGAAAUCCAUAAACAGGGUUUCUACCACUGCAUGUAUGUUUUCCAUUCCGGGACCUCACGCAUGGGGACUGCUUAUAGCAUCUGCCUUAUCGUUGUGUGCUAUUUACUGCCCUUCUCCCUCAUGUGUUUUUGUCAUUAUAACAUCUGUAAGACAGUUCGUCUCUCUGAAAUCCGAGUCAGGCCGGUGACAACGUACGCAUACUUACUGCGAUUUUACAGUGAAAUGCGAACAGCCACUACAGUUCUGAUUAUGAUUGUUUUCAUCAUUUUUUGUUGGGGGCCAUAUUGUUUAAUGGGGUUGGUUACAGCUUUGGGGGACUACACCUUCAACCCUGCAAUGGACACAGUGGCUAUCUGGCUAGCCUGGGCAAACGGAGCCAUCAACCCUCUGAUCUAUGCCCUGAGAAAUCCCAAUAUAUCCAUGUUACUUGGGCGGAGCAGAGAGGAGGGCUAUCGGACCAGAAAUAUUGCCGCGUACCUCUCCAGCCAAACCCAGAACCGCGAGAUUCGACUCAACCAAGCCGAAAGGAUAAGGGACCGCUACGUGAGUCGCGUCGGGGUGAAUAAUAACAGCCGACUGUCAAGUUCAAGUCCCGGAAAAGGAGGAGGGGGAGGAGAGGUGGCGAUGUGGGCUUGUAAAAACCCUGCUGUGUUCUUCUGCAGGGAUGCCCAGCCUGACACUGCAACACUAGCCAACUCUGUCAGUGCUCCGAAGAUGAAGACAGCUGACACUAGCCUGUGACAUUCUGAAGAAUGCUUAACAUCUAAUGAUUGUUUUCAUCUUACCUGUAUGUGUUGCUGUGGUUCUAGAGAAUUCUAUUACCAGUCUGUGACAUUUUUGGAGAUGGCUGAUAGUAUUUAUGUCUCUUUGGAUAAUACUUGUUUAUGAUUCAACCACCACUUGAUCAGAUUUUGUUCCAAGAAUCAAAAGGAUUAUUUAAGUUGUUCUUAUACCACUGUUACAUUACAGAACUGUUUAUACAAUGUCGGAAGACAGUGAAAACUCAAUUCAAUCAGCUGUUUAACAGUAGAUAGGUAAAUGAAAUUCCAUCCUCAUUUCGGAGGACACCAUUAAGUUCUCUCAAGAUCCAAGGGACCACCUGAAGGACCUCUGGAAUCCCUUGUGAUUAAACAUGAAAGGGGAUGCAAAACAUUUCUGUAGAAAACCAUGACAGUUUUGUGCUUGUGUUACAAAGGUCUUCAUGUCAGGUAUAUAAAUGCAGCAUGUGGAUGUGGAGAACUGAUGAAGGAUCUCACAUUUCCUAAAUCUGAAACCGUCAUGCUUAAAACAUAUAUUUGUACUGUACAUGUCAUUUUCAGACUGUACUCUCCAGAAAAAUGACACAAUCUGCCAUUUGUGUAAAUGCUUAAAAUGUCAGUUCCUAAUAAGCACCCUCUUGCUGUCAUGUGAAUAAUGACUAUGGGCUGCCCUUCUUCAGAACUGAAGGCCUGGUCAACCAGGAAGUGGCACAGUGAACUCAUCCACAUAUCUUGGCAAAACUAGAAUGACUUUUGGUAGUAUGCCUCUGCAAACCAGCCAAGUUGCAGUUCCAGUUUACAUCCAUGUCUGUCCAGGCACAUACAUUCACAUGCAAAAGUUGUGGCAACCCUGGUCAAAAUGUCAUUUACUGUGAAUAGCUGAGCAAAUAAAAAAUGACCUGAUUUCCAAAAGGCAAAAGGUUAAAGAUGAAACAUUUCUUCAGUAGUUUAAGCAAUAUUACUUUUUUAUUUCUAUAUCUUUUACAGUUUCAAAAUAACAAUAAAAGGAGAAGGGCCUGAAGCAAAAGUCUGGGCACCCUGCACAGUCAGUACUUAGUAGCGCCCCCCUUGGCAAGUAUCACAGCUUCCAUACACUUUUUUUAACCAGUUCAGAGUCUUUCAAUUAAGCAAUAUCACACGAGAGGGAGUGAUGUUGUACUGUGAUAUCGUCACGGUUGUGAUUCGGUCGUAGGCAAAUUAUUAAAGCAAGCAAUACCCCGAAUAAGCUAAUUAAGGUCUGAGACCCUGGUACCCUUUGGGGUGCCCAAACUUUCGCAAGGGCUCAGUUCCUUUUUUUUCCACUCUAAAAUUAAAACACUAAUCUUGCUUAAAAUGUUGAAAAGUAUGUUUCAUCUUGAACUUCAUGCCUUCUGGGGAUCAGUUGAUCUUCUAUUCACUUAACUAUUCGCAGUAAAGAAAAUUUUGACCAGAGGUGCCCAAACUUUUGCCACUGUAUGUGGCCAUGACAGUUGACAAUGCUUUAAAUAUGGAUGUUGCUGCAAAGAGGCUACAUAUUCUAAAAUGUUGAUGCUUCACACGUCUUCAACCUGGCAGCACAGAAGAUUUAUUCAGUCAUCACAUUUUCAAGGUGGACACCCAAGAAAUGUAUCACCAAUUAAUGUCUGCCUUUCUCUUCCUGAGAUAUGAUGUUAAAUAAUGGCCAGAAAAGUGUUUUUGCAGAACAAUAUGGUGUCACAAUGAAGCUGACCUUUCACCUUUUUAAUAUAAAAUGUCAUCAUUUCA